UUAUUUUCAAUACUCGAGAGAUCCCUAAAAGUAUUGACAUGCUUCGUAUAAUAUAUUGUAAGCAGUAGUAUAUCGUAAGCGGUAACAUUCCGCGCGCGUGAUCACCGACAUUCGCUCGCAGCUUAAAGUAGGUUCAGUCGCGCAUCAGUGUCCUCUCGAUAUCCCGUCCGUAUACUUCAAGUCAAUUGAAGCGGACCGCAUGAAAAUGCCGAGUGCUGCCGAUGGAAGAGUGGACACGUGCGGCGAUGACGUGGUGCUGGCUGGCAUCUCCGCCCGCUUGCCCGAGUGUGACUCCAUGGAGGAGUUUGCGCAGAAGCUGUUUAACGGGGUGGACCUGGUCACGGAGGACGACCGCCGCUGGCCGCCAGGGCUUCAUGGGCUACCUCACCGCAAUGGAAAACUAAAAGAGUUGAAAUACUUCGAUGCCACAUUCUUCGGCGUGCACGCGAAGCAAGCGCACCUGAUGGACCCGCAGAUCCGGCUGCUACUGGAGACCACGUACGAGGCUAUCGUGGACGCUGGCUACUGCGCCGGCGAGCUGCGCGGCGCCAACGUCGGCGUCUACGCCGGCACCAGCACCAGCGACUCCGACCAGAUAUGGAACGCCGACCCCGACAAAAUCAACGGUUACACUAUAACUGGCUGCAGUCGCUCCAUGUUCGCGAACCGAAUCUCUUACUCGUUCGACUUCAAGGGGCCCUCGUACAGCGUCGACACCGCCUGUUCGAGUUCAGGCUACGCACUAACACAAGCCUACUGGGAUAUCCGAGAGGGUCGUUGUGACGCUGCAAUCGUGACCGGUUCCAAUGUGUGCCUGAACCCGGCCACGUCGCUGAACUACCACCGGCUCAACAUGCUGUCCCAGAACGGGCGCUGCGCAUCGUUCGACGAGAGCGGGAGCGGGUACGUGCGGUCGGAGAGCGCGGUGUCGGUGCUGCUGCAGCGACGCCGCGACGCGCGCCGCGUCUACGCCACCGUCCGCGGCGCCCUCAGCAACGUCGAUGGCUCCAAACCAGAAGGCAUCAGUUUUCCUUCGGGUGAUAUGCAGCGAUGCCUCUCACAAAGGGUUUUCGAACAGGCGGGCUUGAGGCCACAGGAUGUCAUAUAUUUCGAAGCUCAUUCUGCUGGCACUAAGGCUGGUGAUCCACAAGAGGUGAACGCAGUGGCGGAGCUGUUCUGCAAGAAUCGCGCGGCGCCGCUGCUGCUGGGCUCCGUGAAGUCCAACAUGGGGCACGCGGAGGGGGGCUCCGGGCUCGCCUCCGUCGCCAAGAUGGCCGUCAUGGCGCAGCACGGCCUUAUACCAGCCAACUUGCACUUCAACACCCCCAAUGCGGACAUACCGGCAUUGAGUGACGGGAGAAUAAAGGUAGUGGAUCGGAAUACUCCAUGGGAUGGCGGUCUGGUGGCGAUGAACUCGUUCGGGUUCGGCGGCGCCAACGCGCAUGUGGUCCUGGAGAUGGAGCGGGGGGAGAAGGCACGUGUAGUGGAGGCGUCUUACGCGGUGCCGCGGCUGGUGCUGGCGUCGGGGCGUAGUGAUGACGCCGCACGCGCGCUGCUGGCGCUGGCGGCGCGGCACCCGCGCGACGCCGGCCUGCACGCGCUCAUAGACGCGGUGCAUGCGCGCCCACAGCCCGGGCACACGCACCGCGGGUACGCGCUGCUGGACCCCUACCACGAGGAAGUGGAGGAGUUCGAGGGCGGCGAGCCGCGCCCCAUUUGGUUCGUGUUCACGGGCAUGGGGUCGCAGUGGGCCGGCAUGGGUCGCACUCUGAUGCAGCUGCCGGUGUUCGCCAAAAGUAUCGAACGUUCAGCAGAGAUCCUUAAGUCGAAAGUCGAUUUGAUGUACUUAUUAAACGAAGCCCCGGAAUCUGCAUUCGACGAUGUCAUCAACUCCGCAGUGAGCAUCACCUCAAUGCAGAUUGCGUUAGUCGACGUAUUGAGCUCUCACAAUAUACAUCCAGACGGCAUGCUAGGGCACUCUCUCGGUGAAUUGGGCUGCGCGUACGUGGACAAGUCGUUCACAGCGGAGCAGGCGGUGAUGGCAUCGUACUGGCGUGGGCGCUGCAUCGUGGACGCCAAACUGGCGCCGGGCGCCAUGGCUGCCGUAGGACUGAGCUGGGAGGAGUGCGCGCGCCGCUGCCCGCCUGAUGUCUUCCCGGCGUGCCACAACGCCAUCGACAGUGUCACGGUAUCGGGGCCUGCAAAAUCUGUAGAAAAAUUCGUGGCACAACUUACAGCCGAAAACGUGUUUGCACGAAGCGUCAAUAGCAGUGGCAUAGCCUUUCACAGCAAGUACGUCGCUUGCACGGCCCCCAUGUUGCGCGAGCGACUCAAAGACCUCAUCCCGAACCCGAAACCUCGUUCCCCCAACUGGGUCUCCACGUCACUGUCGCCCGAGCAACGUGAUACAGAAUUUGCCAAAAUGAACGACGUGGAAUUCCAAAUCAACAAUGUGCUUUCACCGGUACGUUUUGUGGAAGCACUAGAAGCAGUACCGAAAAAUGCCCUCGUCAUAGAAGUGUCACCACACGGACUUCUGCAAGCCACGUUGAAGCGCUCGCUGCCCAGGUCUGUGGCGCACGUGGCGCUUUUGAGACGUGGGCAGGACGACUCGCUGCGGUUCCUCCUGUCGUCGCUCGGCCGCAUCUACCUAGCUGGUGCCCAGCCUGACGUCAGUACGUUGUACCCGCGCGUGCCCUGGCCGGUGCCUCGCUCCACGCCCGGCCUCGCCUCCAGCAUAUUGUGGGACCACUCCAGCGAGUGGGAUGUCGCCUACUUCCCCACGUCCCCUCGCUCCGGCGAAAAUAUUAUAGAGAUCGACCUAUCUCGACCCGAGGACUCUUUCUUUUCCGGUCACCAGAUCGAUGGACGCAUUUUAUUUCCAGCCACCGGAUAUUUGAUAUUAGUAUGGCGAACAGUAGCAAAACUUUAUAAUAAAACUUUGGAAGAAACACCGAUAAUAUUAGAACACGUACAAUUUAGACAAGCGACCAUACUAAAUCAAGACACUACUGUACGGUUUAUGAUUAGCAUCUUGGAGGGCACCGGUGAUUUCAAUGUUUGCGAAGGUGAAACCGUCUUGGUGACGGGACAAGUGCGGUUGGCGGAACACCCAGACAAAGAAUUUCUUUCGGACCAAAUCGAAGAGUCUGUCCCAAAACUCUACUUACAGUCCCUAGGUGAAGACGAUGUUUACAAGCGACUACGAUUGCGUGGCUAUGAAUACAAUGGUUUAUUUCGCGGCAUACGUCAUGUUGACACAAGUGGCCGACGUGGACAGCUCGCUUGGGCAGAUAACUGGGUCUCCUUCAUGGAUACAAUCCUGCAAUUUGCGGUCAUCGAUAUGAACAAUCUGUACCUACCUACAAGGUUAGAUCGUUUGCUUAUAGAUCCAAUGCGCCACAAAAAAGCUCUUAUCGACGGAAAUAUGUUACCUGUGCGUAUGGACCAGGAUAUCAAUGUUUUAGUUUCGGGAGGUGUUGAAGUUCGUGGCCUCAAGUAUAGUCUAGCUCCUCGUCGCGUUAAUGUACAAGCGCCACCCAAACUAGAACGAUAUCAAUUUUGCCCAUAUACCACUCCGUUAACCGACGGGCAAGCAUGUUCAAGGAUCGAUGCGCUAACAGCGUGCUUGCAGAUCAUAGUCCAAAACAAUAACACAGUGUUGAUUAAGACAGUUGAAGCAGCACUACAGCCAUCGGUAGAGUCGCUACUUACGCCACUCAUUUUAGAAAUUUUGGAAUGCGAGCCGGAAAUACGCGUGGAGAUGAGAGUGGCGGCUGGUGAAAAUAUGGCAAAGUUUACGACUGCACUACAAAAUCUUGAUGUGAAGGUCACACGAAAAGACGCGACCACUGAACCACCGCAUGACGCAUGCCAUUUUGUUGUGGCGGUCGCAUGUCUAGUUCAGCACACUGUUGAAACGCUCUGCAAUCUUGCCUCUGCAAUAGACAAAGACGGAAUGCUAUUAUUAGAAGAGCCACAUGGCAUUCUGAGCAAAUCUGGUGUGGCCGAAGCAAUAGAACGCGCUAACUUGGUGUUGAUCGCACGUAAAGUAACAAACGACUGUGAGUAUUUGUUGUUGCGCCGUAUACCAAAACUACCAUCUGAGUAUAUGGUCGUGGAGGUUGACGAAAACGACUGUUACGCAUGGGUGAACCCACUGCGAGAUAUUCUCGAGCGCGCGAAAACUAUACCACUGCGGGUGUACGUAGUGACUCACGUUCAGGAUUCCGGAGUGGUGGGACUGGGAAGAUCCCUAAACCUGGAGACGGACGAUGCAAUCGUGCGUGUAUACUAUUUGCCCGACACGUGUGAACCUUUCGAUCCAAGCGCACCAACCUUUGUGACACAAGUACAGAAGGAUCUCACCUGCAACGUGCUUCACGAAGGCGUGUGGGGCUCCUACUUGCAUUUGCCGCUUGCCGACGCCGGCGACGCCCUCCUCCAGGUGGAGCACGCGUACGUGAACACGCUGACGCGCGGCGACCUGGCGUCGCUGCGCUGGAUAGAGUCGCCGCUGCGGUUCGUGCACGAGUCGCCGCUGGCGCGGGGCUCGGAGCUGUGCCGCGUGUACUGCGCGCCGCUCAACUUCCGCGACAUCAUGCUGGCCACCGGCAAGCUGCCGCCCGACGCGCUGCCCGGCAACCUCGCCGGACAGGAUUGUAUCCUGGGAUUGGAGUUCAGUGGUCGGGCAGAAAACGGGCGACGCGUGAUGGGAAUGGUGGCUGCACGCGCAUUGGCAACCAGCGUGGUGGCGGACUCCGCCUUCCUGUGGGACGUGCCCGAGGCGUGGUCGCUGGAGGAGGCGGCCACGGUGCCGGUCGCGUACGCCACCGCGUACUACGCGCUGGCGGUGCGCGGGCGCAUGCGGCGCGGUGACUCGGUGCUGGUGCACGCGGGGUCGGGUGGCGUGGGUCAGGCCGCCAUCGCCAUCGCGCUGCACGCCGGCGCCACCGUCUUCACCACCGUCGGCACGCCCGAAAAACGAGCCUUUCUACAUAAGCGGUUUCCUGCGCUAUCAGAUGCAAACAUCGGCAACUCGCGUGAUACAAGCUUUGAACAACUCGUAUUAAGGAGGACUCGCGGCCGUGGAGUCGACCUCGUGCUGAACUCGUUAGCCGAUGACAAAUUGCGAGCCUCUAUACGAUGUCUGGCCGAGGGCGGCCGUUUCCUCGAGAUCGGAAAACUCGAUCUCUCGAACAAUACGCAAGUGGGCUUGUCGAUAUUCCUUAAGAACACAACAUUCCAUGGUAUCCUCUUAGAUGCGUUGUUCGAAGCGGAAAGUGACAACAUCGAGAAGUCGGCUGUUGUGGGCUGCAUGAACGAGGGGCUAAAAUCGGGCGUCAUUAAACCUCUACCUUGCACUGUUUUCAAUGAUAAGCAGCUGGAGCAAGCUUUCAGAUACAUGGCUACGGGCAAGCACAUCGGCAAGGUGGUGAUCCGCGUCCGCGAAGAGGAAGCUCGCGGCGCGCGGCCCGCCAGCAGGCUGGUGUCGGCGCUGCCCCGCACCUACAUGCACCCCGGCAAGGUCUACGUGCUGGUGGGCGGGCUGGGAGGCUUCGGCCUAGAACUGGGCGUGUGGCUAGUGACGCGCGGUGCCCGCAAGCUUGUUUUUGUAUCUCGCAAAGGAAUCCGCACAGGAUACCAGGCCUGGUGUAUUAAGCGCUUGCGCAACGAAGGCGUCCAGGUGGUGGUGUUCACGCAAGACACCACAACUAUGGAAGGCGCACGCACGCUGAUGAGAGAUGCCGCCGCGCUGGGGCCCGUCGGCGGCGUUUUUAACCUUGCCGCUGUGCUGCGCGACGCCUUCUUUGAGAACCUGACUCCCGAAGACUUCCGAGUAGUCAGCAAGCCGAAAGUAAACGGCACCCGUGCGCUGGACGUGGCUACACGGGAAUUGGCUCCGGAACUUGAAUACUUCGUAGCGUUCUCGUCGGUGUCGUGCGCGCGCGGCAACGCCGGCCAGUCCAACUAUGCCUACGCCAACUCCGUCAUGGAGCGCAUCGUCGAACGUCGUCGUGCUGAGGGUCUUCCUGGAUUUGUGAUACAGUGGGGUGCUAUCGCUGAUGUCGGUUUGGCUGCCAAGGUGCGUAAUGAGAAACCAGUGCGCGGCACUAUCCCGCAGCAUGUGGCGUCGUGCAUGGAGUCGCUGGACACGCUCCUGGCGCUGGCGCUGCCGCACCCGGUGGUCAUGGUGAUGGUACUGGAUGACAAGCAGCGCCGCACCGCCGCGCCCGUGCAGGACCUCUUGCAAGUCGUCGCUAACGUGCUGGGCAUCAAGGACCCGUCCAAGGUGUCGGACACGGCCAACCUCGCCGAGCUGGGCAUGGACUCGCUGAUGGGCGCCGAGAUCAAGCAGACGCUCGAGCGCAGCUUCGACGUCGCAGUCGGAAUGCAGGAGAUCCGCACUAUUACGUUUGCUAAGCUGCGCGAUAUGUCUGGCGCAAAAGAAACAACAGCCGCCGCUCCAACGAAUACUCAAUAAACUUUCAAUUCCAUGUUACUAGUGAGAGUAGGAACGAGGUAUUUGGCUGGAUUCAAACCAAUGAUUUCGGCAGUGUCAUCAUACAAAUGAACUUGCGUAUACUGUAUAAAUUGUAUAUUAUCCUUAUAUUUGUCAUCACAUGUAUUGCAUUUUUAUUUUAGCAUUAAAUUGGAAUUAUUGUUUGUUU